CUAUGCACCAGCAACAUCUCACGCUCGUGGCUGCGCUUGUAGCUCCCCAACAUUUCCACUGAGCUAAAAUCUGUCCGUGGGGUUAGGAUUCGCAUUGAGAAUCGUGGAGGAGCCUAUUAUAACAGCUGACAACGGCACCGAGAGUCUGCACCGGUACAGGCAGAAGAGACCGGACGGUCAUCCCUUACCGAGUCCAGAAAUGUCGUAGCCAAGUUAACCUGCACGACACCGUCAGAAUCCUGUGCAGUCGGCCUCGUGCAAUCCUGCGGGAAUAACAAUUGCAAAAUAUAACUCGUUCAAGUUCGAACAGCUUGUGAUUCUCUUUAUCCCCACCAUCGUCCAACCCCACACUUCUCCAUGCAUGAUGCAGGGAGGAUUUCUGACUGAAGAUGACUUGGAGAAGUACUUCGUAUCCGGAGAGCAUCCGUGCACAAGUAUCUUGGAACCGCCUUCUUUCAGUUCCAAUUGGCAGCAGCCCACAUUCAGUGUGGGAGGGCCAUCUCUCACAAGUCAAUGCUCCAGCAGAUAUCCUUCGCAUGACCAAUCGGUCUACCGAGUGCCCGAGAUUCAGCAACUACCAUCAGGAGCCGGAACGAAUCCUUCGUGUUGCACCACAAUCCUUAGCUCAGAUUCGAUGUCAGAAGAAAACUUAUGGUCGCGGAUGGUAACACGCCCAUCAUUGAGGCGCUCUCAGCGGCCCAUGUGCUACGACAUGCAGCAAGACGUUCUUAAUAUCGUGGGGGUCGAUGUGAGCGCUAGACUCGUGUUCUGUCCUCAGGUUACCUCACACCUCACACGACAGGACACUUUGAGUGCAGAGAGCGUAACGGUGGUGGAGAUGCCGAGUUUGGUGUUGAAGCCAGCAUCAUACACCGGCAAUAAACCGCCAGAGAUGACGAUGGAUGCCUUUUAUGACAAGUCAAUAAAGUCCAGCCAAUCCGACUCUUCACAUACUACAACACGCGCGGUCGAAGCGAAAUCCGAGGGGAAGGGUAAAGGUAUCGAGAAGCAUACAUCCUCCAAUACCUGCUUCCUACCAAAUCUACGUCUGAAUAAAGCAUGGGAUCGACUGCGCCGUUGGACAGCCACUGCCCUCAGGGACAUGAAGAGUCGAACUGCGCAUUUAUCAUCAACUACUCGACCGAUAAGUCUGGCUGGCUGCACGGAUCAACGUAACAUCUGGAGAUACCCUCUAAGAAACGACGAUAGAGGACGAACGAAUUAACACUAAACUAACGAACGCUACUCUUGUUUCUAUAUCACACUUCACACGGACCAUAUCAGCGCCUGUGAACAUUCUACAUUGUUGGAGGAAUGGACUCUUACUCAUGUUAAUCACAAACAAAUGUAUGUUAGUUGGAUUUCGUAGUGAUAUAAGACUGUACUCUAUU